GACGCACUUGUUCCUGGCCGCGUUGCCAAGGUCAACGUGCGAAAAUGGCACGGCAUGGUAAGCAAUAGCCUGCGCAGGGCUCAUUUUAUCUGUCCUUGUUUGUACUUUUGACAAAGGGCAUCAGGUCACGGCGCAGCGAUAAGCUCGGCGAAUAAGCCACUGCGCUCUUGUGCGAGUGUAGGAUUCGCCCCUGAAGACACCGCCAUGCCGGAUCAUGAAACAGGACGGGUGCACCGUUUUCGCGACCAUGACGUCGCCGGCGUCAACUGGCGGCCGACGCGGUUCGUCGACAAGGUGCCGAAUACACGUGCAUGCGGCCUCUGCCGAAUGAUCCCGAAACGGACGAUGCUGCUGCCAUGCGCGCACGCUCUGUGCCAGUCUUGCCACGCAGCCAGUUGCGAAGGGGACGUUGGACAGUGCCCAUUGGAUCAAGAGCCAUUCGAAGUUGCGGACUGCUUCACUUAUGAAUUCCCUACCAAGAAAUUGAACACCUUGAAGGUACAUUGCUGGAACGAAGCGCACGGCUGCGAGUACACGGGCACCAUGGACCGUAUGCUGGAGCACUACGAGAACGAAUGCGCAUUUCACAUCGUGGAAUGUUUGCGAUGCGGUGAGGGAGUCCGGCACAGCGACCUGCCAUCACACUACGUGGCCGGAUGCACUGCCGCUCUUUCUUCCGCGAUCACAGAGCACCCGUCCUCGGAGCAUACAGCACUAACCAUUGAAGACGUGAGUGCUGCUCUUGAAGACUUGAAGGCGAUGUUGGGGGACGCCAACCACGACCAGCUGCAUCCAGUGAUUCAGAGUCAGUUGAACGAGCUUACAGAACAGGUCAGAAACCAGGAAGCCAGGUUCGCUGAGGUCACUCGCGAGCUCGGAGCAUCCGAGCAGCAUUUAAAGGAUGAGAUGGCUCAAAUCGCCGCCGUGAUUACAUCGACCGUUCCGCACCAGCCGAAUCCGGCGGCCGAAGCCAGCACGUCGUCGUCGCUGUCGUUGCGCUCGGAAAAGGCGCUGAUACUUCGAAAGUUGGAACACUUCACCUACCUGUCACUCAGCGCGCUGGAACACUUGCGGCAAGCUUCCCCGCAUCCUGAUUCCAGCCGUGUCAUUGCUUAUUGUAACCCUUCGAGCGGCCGCACUCAGCGUUUAAUCAGUGCGCUGUCUACGACACCCGCGCGGAUUAGAGAAAUUGGGAGCGUGAUUUAUUUCCUGAUCUUGGAAAACUGUGACGAAAUCCUUCAGUGGCAGGGAGACCUAAAAAAGUUUGCUGAGAUUACGGUGUUGCACAUGAGGGAUACCUACUUUACGCUUGCCGUCUGGAAGCAAAACUGUGGUUCUACUUUUGAUGUCAUUGUGCGAAUCAAGUUUUACGGGAUGCUGGAGGACUCUAGGUGUUUGCCGCCUGUUUGGCGCGUGAAGGUGGUCAAUCUUAAACUACCGCUAUUUUCUUUGUUGCCUUCCUUUAACGAGCCUUGUAACUGCAAGCAGGAUCAACCAGGAUUCGUACACUUUCACCUCGCAUUCAGGAUAGACAGUGAUUCACUGAAAAAUAAGGAUUCCUUCCCAGAGGGAAAGAUGAUAUUCCGGAUCGAGCUCGACGAUAAAGAAAGUGCCGGUGGGGUCACAGGAGCACCUAAUGCUCGUCAGCACUGAAUGUGCGUUGAAUUUCUGAAUCCUCCUUGCCACUUCCCAUGUGUGUGACAUGAGCUUAGCGAAUUUUUGAUGUCCUUUCUUCUAAAUUUAUUGAGUGCUGCGAAAUUUCUUUCUUGAAAUUUUCUGUGCGUUGCAAAUGUCUACCUCUUGUUUUAAGACUUUACAGGCUUUUCAUUUUGUUGUUUCCUUAUUCUGCACCUACAGCUUGUGUGCCUCGUUAUUGUGCUCUUUUGUUCUCCUCCUGCAGUUUCUAACCUUAUGGCGUUCGCCUCUAUACUAUUCCCUGUGUUAAUGCCGUGCUAAAGAGAUGAAUUUCAAGGUGACGUUCGUGUUACAUACUACGCUGUAUUACUGCGCGUUGCCCUGUAUCAGAAAUGCCCGAACAAAGUUACUCUUCGCAGUGCUCAGGCCUUCGCCUAUGAUUUUAAACGCAAUUUUCGGCAAGCCCUUUGCACUCCGUCGUCUAUAAACGGUGUAUCCAAAGGUCUAAUAUCACACGCAGUCACACCACGUACUGUUAUAGCAACUCGGUUGCUGAGAUAAUUGGCGCUGGAGGAAAUAACGUCCUGAACGCGAAAUCUGUCGUUUAGAUACUUCGGUUAGACCAGAAUAGAUUCCAGACCAGACCACAUUCGGUUAGACCAGAAUAGAGUUGAUGAUGGUGACGAACGUGCGUUCAGGCAUCUUCGUAUAGGCAGCUUCGUAAUUCUACUGGCACGUCUGCCCAAAGGCCCGACAAGACGUAAAAAACACUGCUUAUCUUUAUGAGAAAGCAGGUUGCAACGGACGGGACUAAUGUACAGGAGUUUUUCUCAGCCUGGUAACGAAUGCGGUAGCCUAUAUACAUGCUCACAAUGUUUUGACCAUCUCUGCUUGGUAAGGCUUAUAGUUGAACUUGGCGCUCUUCAUGCUGGUCCUGCGGUAAACUUGGGGUGUCCUCUUUUAUUUUACCGCUUUCAGUUAUUGCAGGCAUUUCUCACCGUAAGGACCAAACCAGCUGAAGCAGAAAAUAUGGACGUGCGGAUUAAUUCUUAACGCCUGCUUGUUUAUAACACGCACAGAAACGAGUGUACGCGGGCAUUUUAGCUUUCGUCCGCUAUUACGAUACCAUCUGUUUUGACAAUCCAACUAUUGUCCUGCAUCUCAUCAGACGAAGUAUGGCCCUGGUGCGUCUGCGGGCCUACGGGGCAAGCAAACACCCUGAAAAGGUAGCAGCAGCAACAUCAGAAAUGUUUUCAGUAUUGCACAUCCAACUUCAAGUAUAAGUGUGCGUGCGUGGGUUUUUAAACACUUUAACCACAGCGAACGCCGACAGCUUGCCACCUACAGACGGUUGCCGAGGUAGGUGAGUGGUGUCACUUUUUCCACAACACUUUUGCGAUUACACGUGUAGUGGCGAGCAGACACGAAAUCAUGUCACGGUUUUCAUCUUUCGCACCAUAUAGGUAAAGCUCAGUAUGAAACUUUAGCAGGAGCAUGUCAAUUUGGCAACUGAAUAAUUAAAGACGGCGAAGCUGUGUAACCGAGCUAUUCCACCCUACGGAAGUAGUAGGGCACUGUUUGCUGGCUCACUGCCUAGCUCGAUUGAAGCGGCCGUUGCAGCUACCUUUGAGAGCAGUUUGGCAGGCUUUUUCGCAGGGGAAGUUUACUGAAUCUUGCAUUUUGUUUACAACUUAUAGGCACUUAAGUCUUUCCGGCGUUUCAUAAAUGUUCGACCUAAUAACAGAUGCUAUUCUUAGAGACAACUCCAUAAGAAAUUUGCUGCAUUGGCGCGAAGUUUCAUUCUUGCCCUGUUAAUGCUAUCACGCACAUAUUUGGCCGCUGUAAGUUUUUCGGACAUCGUGCUUUAACAGCGAAUUGUUUGCAACUUAAGUUUAUAUAAAAUUAAGUUCUUAAAACGAAGCCUGGCGCACGCAACCACUUCAACGAAGCUGCUAACCUACACAUCAUUUGUAAGGCCCGUUCUCGAAUACGCUAACACAGUCUGGUUUCGACAUGCACUGACUAACAUAAGCAAGCUAGAAUCAGUACAAAUAAAAGCUGUGAGGUUGAUCAAUAACAACUAUAAACGUACAGACUCGCCAACAAAUCUUUUAACCCAGUCCGGCUGGCGAACACUAUCCACAAGAGCGAAACACGCUCGCUUAAAAUUCUUGUUUCAACUGCUAAAAAAUAACUAUAGGAUAGAUACCUCCAAAUACAUUUCAUUUUUCCCAGGCUCGACCUACACGCAAUAAGCAUGCGCACACAUUGACAGAAUACGUAUGUAAAAAUGACACGUUUAAGUAUUCUUUCUUCUCGCUCGCAAUAGCAGAAUAGAACCAACUUGACGCUUCUAUCACCAACAUCGAAUCAUUAUCUGAAUUUACCUCACACAUAGAAAAAUCUGCGUGUGCGUAAGAGUACCUAUGGAUGCAGUGGCAUCGACACAGAUUUCUUUGUUCGGUAGGAAAUUUCAGUAAACCUGCUCAUCUAGGACAGUUUAUUUGUUUGUCAUACUGAUUUUCAACGUUCGAUGCUUAAAUUUAGGUUCUGUUUCAUUAUUUGCCCCUUGUGAUACCUGUGCUAUGGUUAUUUUCCUUGGCCAAUUUUCCGAAAGCUUCAUGUCCUUUUUUUUUCUUUCUUUCUUCCUUAUUAGUAUUCCGUUUGAUCUUAAUAUCGAAGUAUUGUAUAGAUUGUAUAACUCUCACUGUAUAUAUCCUUUUUGUAUAACCUGCAUUUUUGUUUGACUGCACUGUACAGAAGAAUUAUUGUACUGCCCAACUGCCACGCUCUCGAAGGAGAGCAGCAGUAUUGAAAAUAAAUAAAUAAAUAAAUAAAUAAAUAAAUAAAUAAAUAAAUAAAUAAAUAAAUAAAUAAAUAAAUAAAUAAAUAAAUAAGAUUCAUUGU